CAUUGUGCGGAGAGCAGCUCUUAAGUGUGUAGAGAAAUAAUCGGCUCGUCCGACAAGAAGAGAGGCAAAGUCCAAGAAGAAAUAAUCUCAAACCGCAAACAUUCCGCGCAAGAGCACGAUGAAGAAGAAGGACGUGUCCGAGGAGGAAGAGUUUUCGGCCGACGAGCCUGACGAGCCUGAAGAAGCCAACAGCGGCGACGAUUGGACUCCGAACCAGGAGGGUGGUGCAACAAAAAAAAGACCACAGAGAACAUCAGCUGGCAAAAAACGUCAUCAUUCAGAAGAAGAGGAAGAAGAGGAAGACGAAGAAGAGGAGGAGGAAGAAGAAGAGGAAGAUGAUGAAUCUGACUCUGACUCUGGAAGGAAGACAAAAAGGAAGCGAAGAUCAAGGAAAGAGGAUGAUGAGGAAGAAGAGGAGGAGGAAGACUCUGAUGAUAACAACUUCAAUGAUACAUCUGGAGUACCUCCCAAAGAUUUCACUUCUGGAGCAUUUGUUGUCGCAAAAGCUGACAUCACUGGAGACAAGGACCCGACGCUGUGGAGGAUAGAUGGAAAAGCUCUGUUACAAAAAUAUCUGCCAUACAAAGAGGAAGGAAAGACCCUUUACAAGAGCACAUCUACUUACUCUGGAUGGUCAGUAAACAACAAGGACAAAUAUGUUGCAGCAAAAGUCACUUUUAAAGUACAAAGUAGACAAGAAACAGUUGUCGAGCUGCAUUUGGAGGAGUCUCAAAAGCAAGCGGAAGGAUGAAAAGGCAGAGUAAAUAUAGCUCCUUAUUUUGUUUUUAUAUCACUAAGAUAAAACUGCUGAUGAAACCAAACUUUGAAGCGCAUCCAAGAUACGUGCGAGUGUAAAAAUUAAGAUAUACAUUUUUAUUAAGUGAACUUCAAAAGUUUGGGAAACUGUUUCUAAUACAUUUUAUACUAACAUUGUUCAGCUUUAGAUACAGAUGUAAUUUUUGUGGAUUGAAUUAUUUAAGAUACUAUUUGCAUUAAGUAAACAAUCAUUUCAUUUCUAUCCUUAUGUAAUGUAAAAUGCUAUUUUUCGAGACUUAUUUUUCAUAGAUUAUAAUGUAAAACUGUACUAGAAACGGUGAUCUCAGUACUAUUGAAUUUGAAUGUAAAAUUUUCUUAAACUCUAGACACAAAUGUAAGUGUUUUUCAUUGUGUAGAUGAUAAAACCAUUCGACUAACCUUAUUUUUUACCUUUUUUUUUAUUUUUAAAACACUUUUCCACAAAAAUGAAACAAGUUGAUGUGAGAUUUUCAAAAAAAAAG